AUGCUGGCGCGCACUCUCCGCCGGGCACUGCUGGAGACCCGCACUCCGCUGUCGAUUUCACAGCAACUCCCCAUAACAAGGAUUGCAGCACUGAGCACCGUCUCGCAAAGCUCGACACCUCCGCCGCCGAUUCCAUCUCCUUCGUCGGCAUCAAAUGCAAGCGCAAUCAGCAUAGACGCGCCUGCUCUGAAUGCGCAGCCGUCCGUUCCACAGCAACUCUCGCCUUCGGUUCGCGAACUCCUACCUCUUUUACGAUCACAAGGGCCGCACUACAUCACCGUUCACAUCCACGGCAACCCAUAUCUCGUCACACAGGGCGACUCCAUUCGGUUGCCCUUUUACAUGCACGAUGUUGAACCCGGCGAUGUGCUACGUCUCGACCGUGCCAUCAAUCUGGGCAGCAGAGACUUCACAUUGAAAGCUCCUGCACCGCCAGCCAAGCGAAAGAGCGCAACAACGACAUCUUCGAAUAUUGUCGAUCCCACAAAUACAUCGCCUGAAGAGCCACAUGACUCUCUGCAGUUCUCCAAAACUCCCUCAAACGUGCCGCAUUACAUUCCACAUCUUGCCAAGGAAAGGUAUUCAUACAUCGACCCUAGGCUAUUCGUGUGCAGAGCGGUCGUCACGGGCGUCGAGAGCGAACCCAUGCGGAUCAAGGAGAAGACGAAGCGAAGGCAACGUCACAUCCGGAAGGUCAAGAGCAAGCAUCGAUACACCAUCAUCAAGAUCAAGGAACUCCACAUAAGGAGCGUCGAGGAUGUAGAAGGUCCGCAGGCAUAG